AGCUUUCUUUUACAUCACCUCCGACUGCGGAGUCGAGUAGUCGUAAAGUCGUUGACUUCGAGGACGAUUGUGGAGAAGAACAGUGUUGUUAGUUUUCAGAAGUCCUCAGCCGGUGUGGGCAGCUGUAGCUCCAAACAGCAGCACAGAAGGUAGCCAAGUAACGUUAGUUUUUGAACGUAUGGGGUGCGCUACUGAGUGUCCCUGUAGCGUUUGCUCGUAGGAGGCGGCAAAAAAAUAGGAUCGCAAACGCGCGGUGCGCGCUACGGAGUGUGCGGUGCAGGGUCGGUUCUUUCAAACUCUCUGUGUUCCAUAUCUGCUUGGCUUGGGUCGUUGAAAUGCCAACUCCAGGCCUUGCAGGAAGACGAGCCAGCUCGCAACCUGUCAUGGAGCCCCCUCAACUGGAAAAAUCCGUAUCCAACAGUGUUUUGGACGUAGAUUUGGAGUCUAGGAAAGACAAGAUCAAGGCUGAGAUCCGCAAGGAGUUGAAAAUCAAAGAGGGAGCUGAUAACUUGGCUAAAGUUGCCAAAGAUGCCAAACAACGUCGAUCGGUUACAGCAAUCCUGAAAACUUGCCAGCUGAAGAUUUCUAAACUGCAAGAUGAAUUGGAGAGACUCAAUACGGUUAUUGCCGACUCAGUUGCGCCAGACGAAAAUGACGGCAGCGGCGUUGUUCCCUCCACGUCGUUAUCUGAGCAGGAACAGGAGCACAUGACCGCACCGCAGGUUGCGCGCCUCGAGCUGUUAGAAAAGCAGAUGACAGUGGAGCUGAAGGUGCGUGAUGGGUCGGAGAACAUGCUUCGCACGCUUGGCGGUGGCGGCAAGGAGCAGGACAAGAUUCGCAAUCAGACAAUACAGGUGCUCGCAAAUAGCAAGCAGAAGAUUGAAGUGUUGCGCAUGAAGAUCCUACAGGAGAAGAUGCUUGCUCAGCGCAAGAUUGACGGCACGGCGGAGAAGAGCGAUGAGAUGGAGAACAGCUACAUGGCAUCGUCGAAGGACUGGGAGCAGUUCCUGGACUAUCGCAUUGAUGUCGAGCGUCGCCUGAUAUCUGGCUGUGAGAACAUGCUAAGGAUGACCACAACUGACAAGAAGGCCAUCAGCAUGACUCAACAGCAGCUGUCAGAUGGAAGGCGAAGGCUUGAUCUGCUCGAGACUGCCUUGGAACUCUCCGUCCGAUCGCGACCCGCAGCUGAGGCAGAAGCAUCUUCAUCCAGCACGGCUGAGUCACCAACGGAAAAGUUUGCCCAGGUGGCUGGUCGCAAUGCACCGCUCUACCCUUGGCCCAUGCCUGUGCCUGUCACUGGUUCAGUUCUGAUCACGCUGAGCGGUGUGGAGGACUUGUGCUCUGAGCACUGUAGCGGUACAACCACCACACUCUCACUCAAGACCCUGCCGAAGAGAGGUUCCUCUGUCGAAACACACGGUACCAAUGAUGUCAAGGCCAUCCUGCGAGUGGAUAGCAACGAGCUUGCAACCACUACCUGGAAGCCAAUGGACGUGUCGUGCUGGCAGACUGCAUUCCGCAUUCAAGUCACUAAGGCACGUGAAAUCGAGAUUCUGCUUUUCCGACACGACCGGCAAAACCUUGUCGGUCUGGUGUACGUCAAGCUGGACGAGUAUCUUCACAUGAACCGCUUUGAACAGCAGCUGCGUGUCAUCCCACAAGGUCACCUGCACUGUGAGAUUCAAUACGAGCCUCCAGAGUCUGGUGUACGCAAGGUCAACUUGAAGAGAGGCCGCAUCUUCAAGAGGAAGGGAGAAGGUUUCCAGAGAGCUGCGGAUCUCAACACCAACGUGGCGUUAUGGACAAGAAUGUUCUUCACGCCCUCGUCCGGAACCAUCAACAAAUCUGUGGGCGGCGGUUCCAAGAACAACCGUGAUCUCACUUCACCAAUAGCAGGACGCAAGGAGGAUAAGAAGUCCAAGGAGGGCAGUGAGAGUGACAAGAACGCGGAUGCCCUCCGACUAUUCACGCAGGCUGCAACACCGGCCGAGCCUUCGCAGAACCAAUCGGUAUCCGAUGAGACUCCAACGGAAACGCGCCACGGCUCAUCGAGUGCUGCUACGUCGUCGUCGGUCUCGUCAAUGUCCGCCAUUCCCGCGCCUUCCGGCAACUACUUCACCGUCAAUGACUUCCAGUGCAUGUCUGUGCUUGGUCGUGGGCAUUUUGGAAAGGUCAUGUUGGCACAGAGUGUGAAAAACCCGAACACACCUGUCGUAGCUAUCAAGGCCAUGAAGAAGGGUGACAUCCUGGCCCGUGAUGAAGUAGAAAGCUUGAUGUCUGAAAGGAGAAUAUUCGAAGUGAUCAAUGAGGCAAAGCACCCCUUCCUCGUCAAUCUCAUCUCUUGUUUCCAAACACAGGAUCAUGUUUGCUUCGUUAUGGAGUAUGCCUGUGGUGGUGAUCUCAUGAUGCACAUCCACGCCGACAUCUUCACAGAGCCGCGUACUAUCUUUUACGCUGGUUGUGUCGUGCUUGGUUUGGAAUAUCUUCAUCAGAAGAGCAUUGUCUAUCGUGAUCUGAAGCUGGACAACUUGCUGCUGGAUCGCGACGGCUACGUCAAGGUUGCUGAUUUCGGUCUCUGCAAGGAGAACAUGGGCUAUGGACAGCGAACUAGUACAUUCUGUGGCACGCCGGAGUUUCUGGCUCCGGAGGUGUUGACGGAUACAUCGUACACGCGUGCUGUCGACUGGUGGGGCCUCGGUGUACUCAUCUAUGAAAUGUUGGUCGGAGAGUCGCCCUUCCCGGGAGACGAUGAAGAAGAAGUGUUCGACUCCAUUGUCAAUGAUGAUGUGCGCUACCCACGCUUCUUAUCCCAAGAGGCUGUCUCUAUCAUGCGUCGUCUGAUGAGAAGAAACCCUGAGAAGCGUCUUGGUGCCAGUGAGGCAGAUGCUGCCGAUAUUCGCAGACAAGCAUUUUUCAGGACGCUUGACUUCGGCAAACUACUGGCCAAGGAAAUUCCACCAGCAUUCAAGCCCAAGGUCCGUAAUGUGCACGAUGUCAGCAAUUUUGAUGAGGAAUUCACAACAGAAAAGCCAUGCCUUAGCCCACCGAGAGAACCGCGGCACUUGGACGCUAGCGAUCAGGCUCAGUUCACUGAUUUUGACUUCAACGCUGAUCAAAGUGCAUAGGAAGCCAUUGCUGGCUGAGAUCGUCCUUCAUCUGACCUGGCAUGGCCUGAUCCCCGAGCAAGAGGGUUGCUUGGGUGCGCGCACAUCACCACUUCAUCCACCUUGGAGCUUUACUGCAUUCUGCUACACUGACUCUUCUCCACUGUCCGCGAAGUGCUUUUGCUGCUGCCCACCAGCACCGCUGCUGUUCAUGCUACCGCUUGGAGUCCUGCCCCCUAACUGGACCUAAGCUUGUCGGAGCGCUCAGCAUCUUCAGAGGAGUAGACCGCACCACGCUGUGCAAUACAUGUGUGUGUGUGCGCGGGUGCGCUGUGUGUCUGUGCUUCUGCUUUUGUAUGUGUUCCUUUAUUCUCUUUUUUUCUAUUCUGGGAGGCCACUCUGUGUUGGCUACCAAGAGCCAGGCUAACUCUAUAUUCUCUUCUUUCUCUUUCUUCCAUCCUCGGAAGUUUGGCCUGAAGCCGAGAGCUCCUGUGUCGUGCGUAACCUUCCCUAAACUUCGUUUUGUGUUUGUUUUUGUUGUUUUGUGACUGCAAACAUGCGUGCGCACAUGCUCACCGAGCACAACUUGAGAGAAUGCAUUGCAUGUGUUUUGUGUGUUCAGGUGCAUCACUGCACCGAGUGUGUUUUUUGUGCGUGUGUGCGUGUGUUGCUAGCUGUAGUCCAUGCACCGAUCACCCUGAUCUGGUUGGCAUCUUGCUCUCCCCCCCCCCCCCCCUUUUGUUUUGUUGAGGUUUGCUGGACAUUGAGGCUGUUCAAUUGUGCCUUCAGGCCACUGGGCCAUUGCUCCCGCUGCUGAAAGUAACUAUCUAUACUUGCCGAAUGUGUGUGCGUGCAUGCAUUCAUAUGUGCUUUAUGUACAUAAUUGGCAGCGUUGUUUGUUGUUUCCCGUACCGUGUCGUCCACAAACCAUGCCACAGACUCUAUCAUCCCUAGACCCGAUAUCGUACUGCUUUUGACACUCUGCUGGCACCACGUCCAGAUAUGUUGCGUGCCCUGUAGUGCUCACUUGUUUUGUUCAAUGUCCAUUCUGCCUUUAUAUAUAUCUUGCCACUAUUGUCGUCCCUUGCUUCACACUUCACUUCUGAUAUUUUCUUCUUUCUUCACUUUAUCGUCAUUAUCAUCAUCAUGUUGUAUAAGAGAUAUAGUCUAUGCCAUGAUUAUUUGUAUACUGCUUCGAAAAUUGUUAGUACACCUAACAUAGUUUAGGGUGAUGCAGCGGUGCUUUUGGAAGUAUAGCAGCUACAUCGAUGCGAGA